AAAGACCCACCCACGACACGGUUAUAACCACCGAGUUACAUUUCCUUAGCAUUCUUAAAGUCUAUCGUCCUGUCUGUCAAGUACUUCCGUGUCAUCUCGAUCGGCUCGGGAUGCGAAGGAACGGUUCCUCGCCAAAAACAAGAAUCCGAGAACAAGAAGGAAACAAAUGAGGAACGUCGGUUUGUGAAAGGAGUGAACAACAAAAAACUAUUUACAUCGAAACUGUUGGAAACGGUUGACGAUUGGCUCAAGGUCGUUCAAACUGAAUUGAAUAAUCUGAUAUCCGGAAAGAGGUUGAGAUCCCAAGAAGCUGUCACCGGGAGUUACAUUUAGGGAUGGAGUUGUCUCAGAGAGACAGGCUCUCUGAGCUUGUCGAGGAGCUUACCACUUCUGGACAGCUGCAGAUCGACAAGGAAAAAAUCAGGGAAGUCAAGAAGAUAUGCAAGGAGUCUAAUGACUACAUCGAUCAUGUCUACCACUCAUUAAUGUCCCAGCUCAACCAAGACCAUGCUGAGAUCCGUCUGUCAGCCUUUCAGACAACCAGUGAACUUUUCCCCAAAUCACAUCACUUCAGAACCCUCCUGGUGGACAACUUCCAGGAAUUCUUGGAGUUAACUCUAGAGACCAACAUUGAGCGGCCUCUGCCCCCUCCUCAACAAGUAGCCAGGAAACUUCGAUCACUUGCUAUCCAGACUAUCCAGUCCUGGCAAUCCUCUUAUGGGUCAGCAUAUAAGAAGUUGGAGCUGGGUUAUUAUUUUCUCAAACAGUUUAAAAAGGUGGACUUUCAGGAUGCUGAGGCCAGGACAGUAGCAGAGCGAGAACGAGAAACUGAGAGACAAAGGAAAAUGGAGAGGAUAUACAGCAAGAGACUGAAAGCAGCCAUGAGAGAUUUGGAGGACUCCUCCCCAGAUAUUGAGGUUGCACUGACAGAAUUAGACUCCUGUUUGAAGCUGCUUUACCAUGAGUUCCCCCUUCAAGACAACCUGACAACUAAUACCUGCCCGCUCACACAACCAACCACUGGAUGUGUGUCAGAUGAUGAACAACCCUGCUCUAGCAAAAACUUAAUGAAUGACAGAACACGGAAGAUGCAAGAAAGCAAAGAAAAUGUCAAUGUAAAUAGAGAAGAGUGGGAGGAGAAAAAAACAAAGAAAAAGAAGCAUAAAAGGUCUGAAAAUGAAGAAUUAAACAGGAGUGACAAACAAAACAAAGGUGAAAUGGAAGGGGAACAGAGGUAUAGGAUGAAACAUGAGGACAAGACCAGAUGUGACGUAGAAGAGGAGGACCCCCUUCAUGGAGACUCAUUUAUUCGAAACUCUGGCCUUAUCUCUCGCUCAUAUUGUCUGGACUUGAACCUUGGUUCUGGUCUUCAUGUAGAAGAGACGGAGGAUAAUGAAGCUGUAGUUUCCACAUUGUUAGAUCUACAAAGACUACUGUCAACCAAGCACCUACCAGCUGUGCGCCGAUGGGUUCAGGUCUUCACGAAGUCUGGUGCUAAUCAGCAUCUCUUGAGUCGAGCACUGUAUCUUAAAAGCUCCCUCGAAGCUUCCCUGCUGAAAUUGACCAAGUUGAACAUUGACUCUCAGAACAGAGUUAACAAAACGGCUUCAUCAGUUGAAGAGGAUGAUGACGACGACAGUGAUUUCAUUGAGGUACCAGAAAAAGAAGGAUAUGAGUCCGAUAUCUCUGGUCAUCUACAAGUGGAAGAUGGUUUGGGUCCGACUUCAUCCACUCCAGCACCAUCACAGCAUGUCCUUAAAAGCAUUGUUACUGGAACAUCUUCCACUCGACCACAAGCUCCCUCCGCCUACUACAGGAGAUUGACAAGACUCAAAGAUGAGGAAAAGGACCCAACUUGUGCUGCUGCAACAUUCCACAUCUUCCAAAAAAAACGUACCAUGACUGCAUCAUCCAGUAGCACAUCUGAACCCAGUUCAACUCAGUCCAACAAAGACCAAACAACUUCUCAGGCUCCAGUCGUUCCAUUUGGUUUAGAUUUGUAUUACUGGGGCCAGGAGCAGCCUAACUCCGGCAAGAUCACCAAAUCAGCCUCUCAGCAUCAAUUCUGGGUUCCAGUCGAUGUGGAAGAAGAGGUGGAAAACAAAGAGCUUAAGGCUGAGAGCAGAUGCAGAUACAUCUCUUUCCCUGGGCAAUUCACUCCUGUCAGCCACUAUUGUAAUGCACCAUUAGGCAAUGGGAAGAUGUGUAAGAGACAAGACCGAUUGAAGUGCCCUUUCCAUGGCUGUAUUGUUCCACGAGAUCAGGAGGGUCGGCCCUGCAGCCAGGAGGACCAUCAGAGAGAAGAGCAGCAUAGGACGAAGACAAAGAAGAAACAUGACUGGCAUGAUGCAGGGCUAGUUCGAGACAUUGAGAUUGCAACAGGACAAAACCUAGGUUCUGAAAGACUGGAUAAACGGCGCAGAAGAAAGAAGAAUAAAUACCCCAACCUCAGCAAUCUGAAGGACAGCGGCAACACAUCACGGGCUCGGCUUGAGAAGCGGAUAUUCAACAAGAGCGCCAUGCGCAGAGUUGCUGAGACGAUGAAUAAAGUUGACAGGAAAAAGCAUGAAAAGUUUUCCAACCAAUUCAACUAUGCCCUCAACUGACCUUCACGGUUAUUUUUCAUUAUUUGUUUUGUUUAUCAAUAACUGUACAGUGAUCCUUCACCACUUCACACUUUAAGUUUUGUGGCUUCAGUGUUUUGCGGGGGGGUUUUCCCCAAAAUUGAAAAAGCAGACUAAAGAAUACAGCCAUAUCGACACUCAUAUUGCAGAAAGACGCUUUGCGUCAUGUUGAUGUGCGAGAGAGGAGGUUUCCCUGCAUGCUGAACAAAGUGCUGACGCGACUUCUGGGAGAUGAUUGGCUGUGCAUCAUCGCUAGUCUUUUGACUCCCAUGCUGUAUCUUAGUGUUGUGUUCAUGACAAUUUUUUUAUAUUAGUUAGGCUGCGCUCCAACCCCUUGCCGACGCUGAAGCAAUGCUUCCUGGCUGUAUGGAAGUGUUUCAAGCCCAUUCGUCGUAGAUGGCACCAUCAACAGGUACACGUUGUUUCAACAGUGGCGGUGGGGAGUUCUUGGUUUGCAAGCUUGACCGGUUUAUUUUGAAGGUUUCCUGACCCAGUCAUUUUUUAGACACGUCACAAGGAAGCAGCGACACAGUCAGCUCAGACGAAGGCUAAAAUGAAAACUGAAACUGUCAGCUCAGUGUUUUUUUUUUCUUCACCAAAAGACCAUGCCUCAAAAAAAAAACAAAAUCUGAAACCUAUUUCAACUAAUAAGAAGACAAGACGAACGUCAUAGCGCUACCCGUCAGCAUAUUUUUCUGCAAUUUAAAAAUAUCAGCUACAGUGUCAAUGCCUCCAGCAGAAGAGUCUCGCAUGAAACCAAAACCUCCGAAUCAAUUGAGAGCCUUCGUCUACGCCACCAACACAAGCUUCUUCACCUCUCUAAGAAGGCAAUGUUGAUGAAUGUUAAUUACUGUCGAAGGUUUUAUCAUUAAAGAUUGAAGUAAAUA